AUGACUCUCACUGUCAAGACUGUGUGCUUCGGGUUUGUCUUGCAGGGUCAUUAUUUGUUAAGUGCCGCGUGCUCAGAGCUGCUGAGCCGCCACAGACGGGCUUGGAUCAUCGACUCCAUGAAGCUUGAAGAGGAGCAUCCAGGACCCUUCCCGUAUGAGCUUGGCAAGAUAAAUAUUGAACGGGAAUACCUAAUCUACUUUGACAUCUAUGGGGAAGGAGUGGAAAAGGAGCCAAAAGAAGUCCUCUCCAUUGAUAAAAACACUGGCAUUAUGUACGUCCACAAGCCUGUCGACUUCGAGGAGAAACAAGUGCUUAAGCUGACACUUGAGGCCAGAAAAACAGAUUUUUCAAUUGACACCAAAUUAGGAAUUGAGAUCAGCAUAAUCGACAUCAAUGACAACCCACCGCGCUUCUCGCAAGAUCGGUAUGAAAUCAGCAUCCUUGAGAACAUGGUACAAGGUGACACUGUCAUGACAGUUUCGGCCAAUGACAGAGACCAGGCUGGGACGACAAAUUCAACGGUCCACUAUGCACUCAAAUCAUUCUUUCCAAAACCUCCACACACUGAAUUCUUUGUUGAUCAGAAGUUUGGAGUGAUCUCUUUCAAAGGAUGUUUGGAUUAUCAGGUGGCUGACACCUUUACACUGCUGGUGGAGGCCAAGGACCUUGGUGAAGUAGUCAGUCUGUCCAGUUCAACCACCAUUGUCAUUAAUGUCAAGGACGGCAACAACCACCCCCCAACCAUCCGUGGACAGACAGGCUCUGGCAAAGUAAAAGAACACAAGAGUGGAAUUUCUCCCCUGCGGCUGCACGUGACGGACAAAGACACCUUGUACAGCACGGCAUGGAGGGCCAAGUACAGCAUACAGGGAGACGAGGGGGAGCACUUCAAGAUAGAAACAGACCCAGUUACUAAUGAUGGGAUCCUGACAGUAGUGAAGCCUUUAGACUUUGAGGAGGGAACACAGAGGCAGCUGUCCAUCUCAGUGGAGAAUGAGGUGCCAUAUUUCUACUGUAAAGUGAAGAAAAAGACGUACACGGAUCUUUGGGACAUUGAGACUGAUGAUCCAGAUGCAGGUCAUCCUCAGUCUAUAAAAGUCCUCAUUGAGGUCGAAGACACAAACGACCCCCCGGAGUUCAGAGUCGCUGUCAUAGAUGUCGCGCUGGCGGAGGACACACCCCCUGGAGCCUGGGUGGACACAGUGGCUGCUGUCGAUCCCGACUCCAGACCCACGAAAAAAAUUCAGUACGGGGUAGGAAGCGAUCCUGCUCGCUGGGUGAAGGUGGACCCCCUCACGGGUAACAUCACAACAGUCAGGACACUCGACAGAGAAUCUCCUUAUGUUGUCAACGGUGUCUACACCAUUUUAGUGUAUGCGGUUGAGGAAGGUAACCCACCUUUGACGGGCACGGCCACCCUAAACAUCCAUGUGAAAGACCUUAACGACAACGUGCCUCAGCUCAAUUUGACCUCUGUGGAUGUGUGUGUGUCUGAUGGCCCCACAACCACCAGCAUUGCAGCCUUCGACCUGGAUGGAGAGCCCUACGGAGGGCCUUUCUCCUUCAAACUGCUCGGGGACGUCAAAGGAAAAUGGAAACUGAAACCCUCACAUGGGUACACAGCUGGCCUGGUGAAAGAGCCCAGUGUUCACGUCGGAAUACACACACUUGUUUUGAACAUCUCUAGCAAACAGGGAGAAUAUGCCAUUUACGACAUCAGGGUGACCGUGUGUAGCUGCUCUGUAGAACCCAACUGUACAAGCAGCCGAAACAUCAGAACACAAGCUGGGCCCGUUGCUAUCAUCAUAAUGCUUGCCCCACUGCUUUUAGUCCUACUUCUGCUGCUGCUGUUAGUCAAAGUCAAUUGCAAGAAAAAGUUCACCCCUCUGAAGAUCAGUGACUUCCCCGAGGACAAGGUCCUCCAUUUCAACACUGAGGGACCAGGGACAGACUGCGAGCCACUCAAAAGUGCCUCGAUGGUGUCAACUAUUAGGACGCAAAAUGAUCUAUCUGAUUGGCAAAAUGGACAUGGAAUGCAACAAGGACAGGUUCUGACAAAGAUGAACCAGAAUUCUCUGACAGCCAGUGCCUACCAUAACACCAACCAGGCCAAGGACUCGCUGACCUCAGUGAGUUUCCUCUCAAGAAGGAACUCAAGAUUCACAUCAAAUGCAACUCUCCCAGCCCUGCUUCAUCGGAGGAUGUUGUCGCUCUGGGAGACAGACAAUCUGCCAGACUCUCCACCUCACUGCUACGCAGAUGAAGGGAAUUUGGACAAUGUCUCAGAGCUGGAGAGCAUCAGCAUGCCUGAUGAGGAUGACUUAUUUCAGAGGGCUCUAGAAGACUUGGGCGACAAGUUCAACCAACUGGCUUCCAUCUGCAUGACACCAAAUCUACAAAACUGAACAUUUGUUCUUGAGCAGGAAAAUCAAUUUUUAAAUUUCGUACAGGCUUUGUUUUUAUAGCUUUUUGAUGGUAAAAUGUUUGGAAUGAAAAAAAUGCAGAGAUGCAAGGUAUUCGGUUAAUUAUAUAUUAUUUAAUAGCAACUGUUAAAGUCCUCCACAGUUUUAAUUUUACAUGCAAGGAAAACAAACAAAAAAACAAAACAGUACAGCUGUCCUCCAGAAGUAUUUUGGAGUUACAUUUGGACAGUUGGACAAGAAUUCAACACAUUCAGGAAAACAAAAAUGACAUGCAGCUGGCUUGUCAAAAGACAAAUUCCAUAAUGCAUUUUACCAAAAUUACAGAUAAAUAAAUGUGUUUCUAGCAUACAGCUGCAUGAUUAAAAAUAAAUUUAUCUCCCAUUUCAUAACAGUUCAAAAAGUACAAAAUUCCCACAAAUGCAUGUUUGGGAAAAAAAAAAAAUAUAUAACUUUGCUUCAAGUGCUUCAAAUAGGGGGAAAAAGGGGAGGUACUCUUUUAAAUAAGUAGAAAACUACAAUAUUUACAAAACUGUUAACAAAAAAGACAAAGAAAAAAAAAAAAAA